UUCGUGUGAAUGCGAAUCCACUUCAACACAGAUUCAUUUCUUCUAUAUAAAAUAUAUUUUAAAACAUUUUGCUGCAAACAUUGUGACAUGAAUCUGGUUUGGAUGCACAUAUAGUCGUAUAUGCUCAAUUAAUAAUAUAUUCUCGAAUGGAAUCAAAUUAUGCUGCAGAUCUAGGGAAAUUGGUGAUAAAAAUCUACGGAGGUUUGCUAUUACUUUUUGGUUUGCCCGGAAAUGUAAUCAGUGCAAUUAUAAUGGGUGGGAAUCGUUCAAAUCGUUUGACAACACGUUUAAUUAUCGUCGUUCUAGCCAUCGCUGAUAAUUUUGUCCUGUUGACUGCUGUUCUACGUUAUUGGUUAAUGGAAGUUUACAGCUGGGAUUUGCGCACAACUGGUCCAUUCAUCUGUAAAAUUCAUGUGUUCGCAGUAGGAUUUUCAACAGAUUUUGCUGUGGGUGUCUUAUGUGCAAUCGCAGUUGAACGCCUACUAGUUGUAGCACUACCGUAUAAAGCAUCGAACUUAGUGACACUUAAAUCUGUAAUUAUAGGUAUGACAUGUUUUGCUUUAAGUAUAAUUGUUAAGAACUCAAUACAUUUUUGGAUGAUGGGUGAAAAUAAAUCUUCACAAUCUAGACGUGGUUUAAUAAAUACCUACAAUAACAACGCAUACAUCACAGUAUCAGAAAAUUCUACAGAAGACAACUUAUUCACUUGUACAUUUGCAUCACAGUACGAAAUUGUUUUGAAAAUAUUUAUGAAAUUUGAUUUCGUUAGCUUUGCUGUUCUUCCAUAUUUAAUACUAUUUUCAUGUAAUAUGAUUAUUUAUUUGAAAUUACGUAAACAACGUCGUUUAAUAAGAUCUCAUGCAUAUACGAUAUCUGUUGUAAAUAAUAGUAAUUAUAACAAAACCAUCAAUCAAUACGACAUUUCAAAUAAAACACAAAAUAAAAUUGAAAGGCUAUCAUUUAUUCAACCAGAAGUUACAAAUCUGUCUGAAACCAAAGAUGUUCGACGCAAACGUUCCAUUCGUAGACCGGAAGGUGUUAUCAAAUUAUUAAAUGUUUUGACUAUCAUCCAUGUGAUAUGCACACUACCAGGUACAAUUUUCACCUUUCUUUCAUCUUAUUUCAAUUAUUUCCAUGAUAUGCCAGAGCAUGAUCAAGUAAAAUUUGGCUUAGUUAUGUUGAUAUUUACCAAUAAUGCAAUCAAUUUCUUUGGUUAUUUUAUUUCCUCCACAACAUUUCGUCAAACAGUUUAUCGUAUGCUAAGUCAUUGGUGUCAAUGGACAAAUUUCUGUCACUGAACAAAGCGGAAGAAGGAAACGUAUAUUGAUAAAAUCAAAUGCCAAGACGGCAUGGAAGUGGGAGAAGAGGGAAACAUGGUUGAUGAAGAAACAAUAAAAAAUCAAAAUCAAUACAGUAGGUGCAUUAGUACUGUUUAUAUAAAGAUAUCACCUGCGUCAUCUCCUCCUGAUUGACCUUCUUGUUAUAACGAAAUCCAUAGGAUUUGAGGUCAAAUUAUUCCUAACUACUGCGUAUACAACACAGCCAGACUUGAACGUUGAUCAUAUAAAACUACAUAAAUACAGUAAGACCAAGCUCAAACCACAUAAAAUAUUGAGACAGAAAUAACAUUUAAUUCAUUCUACCUUGAUCCUUUAAAGUGAGAACUUCUAAAUAUUAUUAUGAAUACAAUUUAUUUUACUCAAAAUUAUUUAAUCAAUCACUGAAGUAUGUUUUUAUAUCUUAUGCUAGUGUAAUUAUC